CUCUCUCUCUCAAGCACAUACAUUCCAGUCACAGUUUCACUGAAACCAACCCCUUGUCAACAUCUAUCUCUGUGGAUUUCACUUUUACCUACGGAUCCCAUCUCCUACACAUGUGAACAUUUUUCACCUGCUGAUCUCACCUAAUUUACCAGUAGAUCUUACCUAAUUUAAUGUGGAAACUCAACUUUAACUUUUUACUUGUGGGUCACACUUUUACCUGUGGAUUUAAUCUUUAGACCUCACUUUAACCUUCUGACACCCCCUUUUAAAUCUGUACUGCUCAUUUACCUGUGGAUCUCACCUGAGGACCUCACCUUUAGGGAUCUCACUUCUACCUGAGGAUCUGACUACUACUUGUCCCAGGAGAGAUGUCUCGUCGUGCCAGUACCUUGGACCUGGACAUUACCAGCAAGUACAGCACUUUGGGAGGGCAGGCCCAACGGCGCUCCACUACCCUGAGUUCCCAGUCUCAGCCCAAAACCUCCAAACCAGACGAUGUCCUUUGUGACUUCUGCAUCACUCGGAAACAGAAGGCUGUGAAGUCCUGCCUACUGUGCCUGGCCUCCUACUGUGAGACCCACCUCCAGUCCCACUAUGAGUACCCAGCCUUGAUGAAACACAAGCUGGUGAAGGCCACGGGCCAGAUGAGGGAGAAGAUCUGUGCCCAGCACGACAAGCUGCUGGAGGUGUUCUGCCGCACCGACCAGACCUCAGUCUGUGUCCUCUGCAUGAUGGAUGAACACAAGCGCCACGACACUGUGCCGGCUGGCACCGAGAGGAUUGAGAAACAAAAACAGCUGGGGUCCACUCUAAUGAAGUCUCAGCAGAGGAUUGAUCAGAGAGUGAAGAAGUGGACAGACCUUCGCCAGGCUGUGGAAUCAGUCAAGCACUCUGCACAGGCGGUGUUGGAUGAGAACGAACGUAUCUUCACAGAGCUGCUGCGCUCCAUAGAGAGAAGGUACAUAGAGGUGAGGGAACUGGUGCGAGCCCAGGAGAAGACCACAGUGAUCCAGGCUGAGGGACUGUUGGACCGCCUGGAAGAAGAGAUAACUCUGCUGAAGAAGAAACACACUGACCUGGAGAAACUCUCCCACACUGACGACCACAUACACUUCCUACAGAGCUGGCAGUCUCUGUCUGGUCCCUCUGGAUAUGAGGAUCUAAACAAUGUCACUGUCGCACCAUACUACUCCUUCGAUGGAGCCAAGAGAGCCAUCGCUGCGUUGAAGGUGCAAGUGGAGGAAAUCAACAAGACGGAAAUCAGCAAAAUCGCCUCAGCAGUCAAAGAGGUCCACAUUAUCCAACCACUAGAACCUAUGGCACGAGAAGAACUUGAAACCAAGACAAGAGAAUAUUCAGAACCUAAGACAAGAGAGGAUUUCAAGAAAUACCUGGUCCAGCCGACCCUGGAUGUCAACAGUGCCCACCCCAACCUGUACCUAUCUGAGGGCAACACUGUAGCCAAGAUGAUGAGCGAACCCAAGAACUACCCAGACCAUCCAGACAGGUUCGACCACUGGCAGCAGCUGCUGUGUAAGGAGGGUCUGUCAGGGAGUCGCUGCUACUGGGAGGUGGACUGGAGAGGAACGGAGAUAGACAUCGCUGUCACCUUUCAGAGCAUCAAACGCAAGGGCAACAGCAAUGAAUGCAGCCUGGGGUGGAAUGACAAGUCCUGGAGCCUGUACUGCUCUGAGGACAAAUAUUCCUUUGUGCACAAGAACCAGAGCACAGAUAUAGCCAAGCCCAGGUCCUCAAGGGUAGGAGUGUAUGUGGACCAGAUAAAGGGGACUCUGGCGUUUUACAGUGUGUCUGAUAGCAUGAACCUCCUUCACAGAGUACAGACCACCUUCAUAGAGCCUCUCUACCCUGCCUUCAGUGUGUGGGGCUUUGGUUCUAGUGUGAAACUAGUGUAAUGAUUGAGUGGGAAACACUAAACGGGGGUCUUGAACCAGCGACCCUAUGGUUACAGAGACAUAUCACUAAAUCUGUGCCAUAAAGGUCCAGACCUCUUGAAGUUGUUGUAUGCUUACAUACAGGGAGGCUAUACUGUAUGAAUUGUACCUGUAAAUAGAUUGAUGCUCAUUAUAAAGUGUGUAUAAUUCUGUCACUACAAUAGAUUAAUUACAUUUUAAUACGAAUGUAAUUACAGAGAGAUAAAAUGUUUUAUAUUUUAUGACAAGAAAUUAUUGGAAAAGAAUAAGCAAAUGUUUAGAAAGCUUUAAGAUGAGUGAUGGGAUGGAAUCUGCUCUGACAGUUCGGUGAGACCAUUACUGUUGGAUGUUAUUGGACCUUUCUUUCCUGUAUUACUUACCAUGUCCCUUUCAUUCCCUUUUAUAAUAAUCAAAUAUUGUAUAAUCAUAAUGAAUGAAAGAAAAUUGGACCCUACCCUAUGGUAUUCCCACUGGACACACAAUGCACACAAUGCACUUUCAACAUGGUGAACUGGGUAAUAUUUGACUGUGAUGUUGAUAAAUUAAUUAACAACCUAUAAUCACUCAAAAAGACAGUCAAAAGUUAAUUUAAUUUCCGAUGUGUUAUCACUAUGCUUUCAACCAUCUAAAAGCACAACCAAAUUCCAAUAGAAAAACAAUUAGAUUUUUGGUUUAGUUUGUCACCCAAAUGUCUAUCACUGAGCUUUCAACCGUUUAAAAGCACAGCAAAGUUCAAAUGGGAAUAUAAUGUCAGAUAUUUUCUUUAUUUGUACAACAGAUUAAUGUGUUAUCAAUGUUCUUCAUCUAAUAUAAGAACCAAAUGACCUGGGCUCGGUUUCCUGAUAGCAAUGGAAUUUAGGUUUACGAACGUUUCAAUGAUGCUUUGUUGCAAAAAAGGCCGAAGCUGUAACAUUUCCCAAAAGACCAUGCAGAGAGAACGUUCCCUGACUUUAAGUACAUCAUUGAGGCAUAGGCCUACAGUCGAUACUGAUAGUAUGGAAAGAAAGUCCAAUUUUACCUUAACCUUAUAAUUAUUCCACAACACUGACAACGGCUCAGCUCCUUGAAAGAUAUUAUCACCUACGGUUGCAAAUAUUGUGGCGGCUUAUUCUAAUGCUUAGCCUACCCUGUAAUGACUAAAAUGUCAAUAUAAAUCAAGACUUGGCAUAUCAUUAA